AUGGCCCCACAACGGCGCAGCGCACGAUUACAAGAGACAGAAACCGAAGAAACGCAGAGUGUAGAGGCCGGGACAAGCAAAAAGGUACCGAAGAGCAUCAACAGGCCAGUUAUCUAUGUAAGACAGCGUUCAAACCCGGCAUCUCGCAACUCCUCCCCUGCUCCGCCCACGAUCCCAACACCGCCGUGGCUUCACUCGCCCCUUCCAAGCCAAUCUGGAUCCGAGCAUGAUAAUAGCAUCAUCACCACCCCACAUCCUGCACCAGAGCCUGCCCCUCCGUCCGCAACGCCCGUUACUCCUGCCGGCAUCAAGAAUACGAUAAUGAGGGCCGACCCACAAUUUGCAAAAACAUCUGAUCCUGGUUUGUUGCUGCGUGGUGUCGGCCCAGAUGACUUUGAUGGGACGCCUCCCCCACGGGCAGAAGCGUUUCAAUCCCGUGCGCGCUCCAUGUCACCGCCAGAGGAAGACUUGGAAGUGCUUCAGGCAGCAGGCGUAGUAAACGGAACGAUGGUACCGCUCGGUCCUCUCACGUGCACCACACUCUCUUUGCACGAUGCGAUGAUGCUUCGGAUGCAGCUCCAACACGAUACGCAUAGGCUCAAUGUCCUGGGCGAGGUCCUCAAGUCCAUGCAGGAGCUGAAGAUGCCGCACCAUGAUAUGGUCUGGAACUUGUUGCUUGUCACGGAGGGAGGGUACAAUUGUCCUUUCCCCCAAUGCAGCCGCCAUCAGGAGGGUUGGACGCGUGCGGAUCGUACGCGCGCACAUAUUUAUGCGGAUCAUCUCUUGAUUCGCUACAAAUGUGACAAAUGUAAUUCGUACUUCAAGAGGGAACAAGACUUUAAUAUCCAUGUUGCAAGUCAUGAUAAGCAACCUGCCUUCGAAUGCCCAGUGUGUAACAAGUCAUUCCCGAAAAAAUUCAAUCUCAAUCGCCACCUGCGGCAAAUUCACGAUUAUAAACCCACAACCAAGACCCAGUCAUCUCAGGCGCUUCAGCAACAACAGCAGACGCCUCGCGUUGGACCUGUGCCACCACCUCCAGCAGCUUAG